UUAGGGUCAAGUUGAAAACUGUCAAAAUUCCGAAAAAAAUUUGUCUGAAACGUGACUGUGAUGGGUAUUUACUUCACGGGAUUUAAGCCUAUUUCUCUGACAACUGAAGAUAUUGAACAUCAUAGAGUACUGAGCCCGGAAAAGCUUGAGUUGCCGCGGCUAAAAGCUCUUGUGAAAAACAACCACGCCGUAAGCCUAACGAUGAGCACAUGUCCCAAUGUCUACUGUCAUGGUCGUCUAUGCUCUGUGUGAAUGAUUUUGGAUCAGCCUUCAUUUCCAAUCACAACACCUUUGGUUGGAGCCGACUGGAAACGCACGCUAAAGUCACAUCUGCUGCUGUAAAGUGGACUGACUUUUGGCUGCUUUUGGAUGAUGGAAAACUCCAAACUUUCAAUGAGGAAGGCUGUAAGUGUGAUGGGUUAACUGUGAAAAGGGAUUAUGUGGUGACAACAAAGGGGGAUAACUCUCAGCAGAUAAAUCUGUCCUUUUUGGCCGCAGGAGAAAAUUCACUCUUGGGAUGUUCAGAGGAUGGCAGGUGUGGUGAGCUGGAGUUCAGGGACAAAGAUUCAUCUGAUCUGCAGCCUCUUGUGACAUGGAAUCCGCUGAGUUUACCCUGUCAGGUGACACAGGUGACUUGUGGGAAGGAACAUACUGUCGUGCUCUCGGAGACGGGCCAGAUUUAUACCUGUGGACUGGGCAGCCGAGGUCAAUUGGGUCACAACUCUACAGAAAGCUCUCUGAACCUGACCCUAGUGGAACAACUAGAAGGCCUGCGUAUAGCCUGUGUCAGUGCCGGAGGCUGGCACACUGUUGCUGUCAGUGAUAUUGGUGAUGUUUAUGUAUGGGGCUGGAAUGAGAGUGGACAGCUGGGACUGCCGUGUAAAACACUGCAUGAUAAACUGGCCUCUGAUAAACCCUCUGAGCCAUUGACCGAGGAUUUGGUUGUGCUGAUGUGUGAACCUUGUCUUGUUAACUUCUCCACUGAGUUGACGAUUGUUGACGUUAGUUGCGGGUCCAGGCACACAGCCAUUGUGACAGAUAAAGGGGACUUGCUAAUGACAGGAUGGAAUAACUAUGGACAGCUGGGACUUGGUGAUACUGAGACAAGAGACAGGUUUACUGCUGUCACUGGAUUAAAGCAACGCCAUCUAGUGGUGGAGAGAGUUAACUGUGGAUAUUGGGGAACGCUUAUUUGGACUGCAGAGUCUGCAGAUAAUCCCUCUGAUGAGAAGGGUUGAGAUUUUGUAUCUUUUCAAAGCUUUCAUUACUGACAUUGAACAUGUGUUGAAUGACUAUUCAGUAGAUAGAUGAUAUCAUUUCACUUGUUGGUUUAUCGACACAUGCUCUACCUUCAAACGAAAUGGGCUAGAUUUCCUCCUGUCAUAAAACUGACAACCCUCAUAUAAGUUAUUUGUUUAUUUAUUUGAUUGGUGUUUUACGCCAUACUCAAGAAUAUUUCACUGAUACGACGGCGGCCAGCCUUAUGGUGGGAGGAAACUGGACAGAGCCCAGGGGAAACCCACGACCAUCCACAGGUUGCUGGCAGACCUUCCAACAUCAUGUAAGUUAAAAAGUAUCAUGUUAAAACACCAGUCAAAUAAAUAAAUCAAAGUAAAUGUGCUGACAAAUGGCAUAAAGAAAUAUACUUUGGAUGACUGUAAGUGUAAUAUGCUAACAUUUGCUGAGUCAGUGUAAUGUGCUGACAUUUACUGAAUCAUUCUAAUGUGCUGACAUUUACUGAGUCAGUGUAAUUUGCUGACAUUUACUGAGUCAGUGUAAUGUGCUGGCAUUUACUCAGUCAGUGUAAUGUGCUGACAUUUACUGAGUCAGUGUAAUGUGCUGACAUUUACUGAGUCAUUGUAAUGUGCUGACAUUUACUGAGUCAGUGUAAUGUGCUGACAUUUACUCAGUCAGUGUAAUGUGCUGGCAUUUACUCAGUCAGUGUAACCUGCUGACAUAAUAUGCUGACUUUCACUGAGUGAAUGUAAUGAGCUGACAUUUGUCAAGUCAGUGUAAUUGAUGUUAACUUGUGUUACAGUGCUACCAGUUUUGUGAUACUAGUAACUUCUGUCUAUGUUGUUUACAUCAUGACGAUAUGACUGAAAUAUUGCCAGUGGCGUUAAACCACUAUCCUUCAUUCAUUUAUUCAUUCAUUUAAUGUGAUUUGGGCAAUAUUUUCACCACCACGCUUGUGCGAGUGAGACCUGUAGGUACAAGUAAAGGCGCCAAUACCCGAUUGUUCUGGUCUCAAUUAGAACUCCACAGACUGGAGUUGCCAACUUCAAAAUCUAGUACAAAAAGACAGGUUUGUUACUGUAACUUGACAUUAUGAUCGGACAAAAUGUGCCCAGUUUACAAUUAUCAAUCAAUGAUUUUUGUU